AUGACAUCCCCAUCCUUGUUUCGAGAAGGCUAUCUUUCGGGUGCACGAACGAACAACAUAAUCAAUGACUGGAAGACGAAGGACGAGAAGUUGAUUUUGUACCACGUUUAUCUUGAUAAUCUGAUUGACAAAUUCCGUAAAGUCACUUUUACAUACAUGCCACGUGCCAUGAAUCAAUUCGCUGAUGCCUUGGACACAUUAGCAUCUAUACUAGACAUUUCCAAAGGAGCAGCACAAUGGGAACUCAUAGUCAAACUACAAAACGAUUCAACAUUCUACCUACAGAUCGAAGAAGCUGAAACGCCACUUGACAAGCACCCUUGGUAUACUGAUAUUAGAAAAUACCUGGAAGAUUGGGUAUACCCGGAAAGUGCCAUGCCAACGGACCGUCGUACGAUCCAAUGA